UUUUUACCGCACAUAUGAGUUCGCUUCUAACCUUUUACAGGUUUACCGCAUUACCAGCUUAGCUGUCGUGCCUUGUGCUGAUUGGGUUACGAAUUUUAAUAUCGGGAAAAGUUAUGAGGAGAUGGCAAUUCCUAUUUUAAGAAAUGGCAUCGUCGAUUGCUUUAAGAAGAGUUCCAGUCUCGACUCUGUUUUCAAAGCUGGUGAAUCUUUCCCCAGUACGUACCGUUUCAGCGGCUACUCCCUCCGUCUCGCGCUCUUUCAACACCAACACUCAGGUCACCAACUUCAACGACGAGGACCGCUCGGUCGACGUUGAGCACCGCUCUGAUCGCUCCGUCUCUAGCCGCCGCUAUUACUCUCCCGGUUUCUACUCUGACGUAUUCGAUCCGUUUUCUCCAACAAGAAGCCUGAGCCAGGUUCUGAACCUUAUGGAUCAAUUCAUGGACCACCCUUUCCUCUCAUCUCCCAGCGUGUCCUCAAGGAAAGGCUGGGGCGUGAGGGAGGACAAUAAUGCUCUCUAUCUUCGCAUUGAAAUGCCAGGCCUUAGCAAGGAGAACGUUAACAUUUCGCGGGAUCAGAACACUCUGAUCAUCCGAGGAGAAGGCGAUAAAGAGUCGGAGGAUGGUCAGGAGAGUGGGAGGCCCUACUCAAGCAGGCUUGACCUCCCUCCCAGUAUGUAUAAGGUUGAUGAGAUAAAGGCCGAGAUGAAACAUGGGGUCCUGAAGGUGGUUGUGCCUAAGGUGAAAGAGGAGGAGAGGACUGAUGUGUAUCAGGUCACGGUUGAGUGAUAUUCACAACUUAUGAGGUUUCUUCUUGGUAAAGGUAAUGGAAGUGAGGACUAGGUGGACUUGUUUAGUUUGAAAUGUAACAUAUGUAAUGUAAUCUUAGGACUUAAUGAUGUUAACAUAUGAAAAGAAGGUAAGUUUUAUAUGAUGAACAAAAUUAAAGUAAAA